AUGGCCAAAGAAAAAAAAGCUGCACGUAGUGCUAUCUCUGAUGUCGUAACCAGAGACUAUACAAUUCAUUUGCACAAAAGAGUUUUUGGCAGGAGUUUCAAAAAGCGAGCACCACAUGCCGUAAAAUCGAUUAAAGAAUUUACCGAGAAACAUAUGGGUACCAAAGAUGUUCGUCUCGAUCCUUUAUUAAAUAAAGAGAUCUGGAAACAAGGAAUUAAGAAUGUACCACAUCGUAUGCGUCUUCGUCUCGCUCGUCGUAGAAAUGACGAAGAUGAUGCAAAAGAAAAGUUGUACACUUAUGUUUCUUAUGUUCAAGUACCUUCACUUAAAGGUCUUCAAACUCAAGUUGUAGAUCAAUAA